AUGACCGAUAUGAAAAUCGGAGACUUUAAUGUCACCGAGACAUACCUUCAGUACCUUGCGGAAGACUCUGAGAUUACGAUGCCGAUUGCGGCUAUCGAGUCGCUCGUGUCGCUCAUCCGCAUCAAACAGCCAUCGACCUCUGCCGAGCUCAUCAACUUGCUUUCCGCCAAUACCAAAACCUUGAAGGAGUCCAUUCCGAACGCGAUCUCGCUUUCAGCCGGCUGUGACUUGUUUAUGCGCUUUAUUCACAAGAACUUGCACUUGUACUCGGACUGGGACUCGUGCCGCACCCAUUUGGUGGAGAACGGAGAGUUGUUUGUGAUGCGUGCCAAGGAGUCGCGUCUCAAGAUUGCCAAUUACGGGUUGCCGUUCAUCAAGGACGAUGAUAUAAUCUUGGUGCACUCUUACUCGCGUGUGGUGUUGCACCUGCUCAACCUUGCGGCCCAGAAGUUUAUCAGAUUCCGUGUCAUCGUGACCGAGGCGUCCCCGACCAACCAGGGCAAGUACAUGGCGCGCGAGUUGAGAAAGCUGGGCAUUCCCGUCAACUUGAUUGCGGACUCUGCCGUGGGCUACGUCAUCGACAAGGUAGACAAGGUGUUUGUGGGUGCCGAGGGUGUUGCCGAGUCCGGAGGGAUCAUCAACCACAUCGGGUCGUACCAGAUCGGAGUGUUGGCAAAGAACGCGAACAAGCCGUUUUAUGUCGUGGCGGAGUCGCACAAGUUUGUCAGAAUGUAUCCGUUGGCCCCCAACGAUUUGCCGAACAAUGACAUUUUACUGAGAUUCUCGGUGGAUGAGAGUGACAAUGCGUGGGUUGAGGACGAGACGAAGUUGAACUCGGGGGAUAAUUUUAUUGAUUUCACACCGCAUGAGUAUAUUACCGCGUUGAUUACGGAUUUGGGGGUGUUGACUCCGAGCGCUGUUUCCGAGGAGUUGAUCAAGAUGUGGUAUGAUUAGUGAUUGAGUGCGGGCCAAGUGUAUAGGCCUGCG